AUGAGAGAACUGGCCAUCGAGAUCGGGGUCCGAGCCCUGCUUUUCGGGGUCUUCGUGUCCCCUGGCCGGCGCCUUUCCCCGGCCCUGCACCACCUGCCCGGGAUUCUGGAUGCUCACGGGGACGCAGACGCGCACCCUCGUUUUCUCUUGGUGGUGAUUCUUUUCAACCACCUGGGUGUUGCAGGUUCCCAGGCCCUCACGCCUCUUUCUUUGUUUUGUUUCAGUUUUACAGAGUUUUUGGAUCCCUUCCAGAGAGUCAUCCAGCCAGAAGAGAUCUGGCUCUAUAAGAAUCCCCUGGUGCAGUCAGACAACAUCCCCACCCGCCUCAUGUUUGCAAUUUCUUUCCUCACACCUCUGGCUGUUAUUUGUGUGGUGAAAAUUAUCCGGCGCACAGACAAGACUGAAAUUAAGGAAGCCUUCCUAGCUGUGUCCUUGGCUCUUGCUUUGAAUGGAGUCUGCACAAACACUAUUAAAUUGAUAGUGGGAAGACCUCGCCCCGAUUUCUUUUACCGCUGCUUUCCAGAUGGAGUGAUGAACUCAGAAAUGCACUGCACCGGUGACCCCGAUCUGGUGUCUGAGGGCCGCAAAAGCUUCCCCAGCAUCCAUUCCUCCUUUGCCUUUUCAGGCCUUGGCUUCACAACGUUCUACUUGGCUGGCAAGCUGCACUGCUUCACCGAGAGUGGGCGGGGGAAGAGCUGGCGGCUCUGUGCUGCCAUCCUGCCCCUGUACUGUGCCAUGAUGAUCGCCCUGUCCCGCAUGUGUGACUACAAGCAUCACUGGCAAGAUUCGUUUGUUGGCGGAGUCAUUGGCCUCAUUUUUGCCUACAUUUGCUACAGACAGCACUACCCGCCUCUGGCUAACACAGCCUGUCACAAACCCUACGUCAGUCUCCGAGUCCCGCCCUCGCUGAAGAAAGAUGAGAGGCCCACGGCCGACAGCGCGCCCAGCCUGCCCCUGGAGGGGAUCACCGAGGGCCCCGUAUGA